GAUGCCUCACGGCCCUGCAGAGUCUGUGCACAGCAGAGAUAACGUGUGGAUUACUCUGGCAUUACGAGGGUAGGCAUUGCUUCUUAAGUUUUUCAUGAGGGUCAUGGACGUUUUGUUGGACUGUGUUCAGGAAAAAAGAUCUUUCUGGAAGUUCUCUUUGACCUUUGCGUGAUCUGGAACAAGGAGGUGAACCAUGCAGGGGUCUGAAGCUGGUGCCAGGAUACGCUACUGGCUGACUCUGAUUACUGGGCUGCUGGAGUGUCUGUUCUUUGCCGGCCUGGUGUUUGGCUAUGUUUCUCUGGUGUUUGUGCUGAAGGAAGAGGACUACUUUGGUUGGCUGUGCGUGGACACUAACAGCACCGUGGUUGAUAAAGACUGCAGUAGCCAGGAUGAACAGUUCUCACUGGUUUUUACUGUGGCCUCAUUCCUCAACAACUUCCUGACUCUGUUAAACGGCUACAUAUUUGAUCACUGUGGCACAAUGUUGACCAGACUGCUGGCGAUUGCCCUUUAUACUGCUGGGACCAUGCUGGUGGCCUUCUCUAGUGCAGCAUUGUCAUACAUGCUUUACCCUGCCCUGUCUCUUCUUGCUGUGGGGGGACUCCUGCUCCUCAUUACUAACAUGCAGGUGGGCAACCUGUUUCCUGCUCAUCGCUCCACCAUCAUUACCUUCUAUAAUGGUGCCUUUGACUCCUCCUCCGCUGUGUUUUUUCUCAUUAAGGUUCUGUAUGAACAGGGCAUCUCUCUCCGCACCUCCCUCGUUUCCCUGUCCGUCUGCAGCGGCGUUCACGUGGCGAGAACUUUCCUGCUGAUGCCAAAAACCCACAUCCCCCACCCUCUGCCUGAAAACCACACCUACGGAAUAAACUGUGGAAAGGGAAACACUGACGGCGUGGAGGAGAUCGAGAUGAAGGACGUUAUUCCGACACUGGAGUCCCCUGAGACGGAGAAAACACCGCUGGCGCCUGAGGGUACAACAGAGGCCCAAAACAAGAGAAAAGCUGAGUCAUUCGGCAGCUGCGUCAAGUCCUGGUUCUUCAUAUUUCACCUGGUGUGGUUGUCCAUAAUGCAGCUGAGACACUACCUCUUCAUCGGGACGCUCAACUCCAUGCUGCACCGGCUGGCAGGCGGUGACACCAGCCUCGUGAGCCAGUACACCAACGCGUUUGCAGUGACUCAGCUGUGUGGCAUCCUGUGUGCCCCCUGGAAUGGACUCAUCAUGGACAGACACAAGAAGAAGCCUCUGGCUCCUGGAGAGACGGUGCAGGAGGCGGACCUGCGCUCCUCCCACCUGUCCCUGUUCCUGACGGCCCUGCAGUGCCUGCUCUUCUCCGUGUGCGCCUCCAUUCCUCAUCUCCCGCUGCAGUACUUCACCUUCAUCCUGCAGGUCAUCAAUCGCUCCUUCCUCUACGGGGGGAACACGGCCUUCAUUAUCCUCGCUUUUCCACCCCGUCACUUUGGGAAGCUGUACGGCCUCGUGAUGGCGGUGUCGGCCGGAGUGUCCGUGCUGCAGUACCCCCUCUUUGCCAUUGUCAAAGGAUAUCUGGGUGGAGAUCCCUUUUAUGUGAACAUAGGUCUGAUUUUCCUCACUCUGCUGUCGUUCAUCCAUCCCGUCCACGUCUUCGUGCACUGCAGGAAACGAAGGCGCCGCGGGGAGGAAAGCGCCGAGGCUCGGGCCAAACUGUAGAGAUGAUCGGACGAGCGUUUGUCUCCAGCUUUCCUCUGUUUCCUGGUGUGGCAGUUGGUAUUGGAGGGAAGAAGGGGAGGUGCCUUUAAUUCGUGUAUCCAGGGGUGUAUAUAUACAAUCAACAGCAAGUAGAAACAGAUGUGUUUUGUGAGUGGGCCCAGGCCAGUGGAGUGAGGCAAGUGCACACCUCACUCCACCUGAGUGGCAUAAUUUUGGGUUUGAAUAAUGGUAGGUUUUAAGUCUUAUUUUUUUUAAUUUUUUUUUACAGAAGUGUCUGAAAUCGUGUAUUUACUUAUUGCUUGAUUUCAGACCUGUGCCCUGUGGGAAGCUGAAGCAGCUCAUAGUCAAUAGAGGGGUAGAUUGACAUAUCAGGUAUUUGAAUGUGUCGAAGUAAUACUGUUUAAAAUGGAUUCUAAGUGUUUUUUAUUAAACUUUUAACAGUGUAAAUUUGAUUUUGGUGAUUUAUGUUGUUUUUCCUUGCCAGUGUAUUCAUUUGUCUAGUCCACCCCGGCAAGUGAGCUGGUGCGGGCAAAAAGAAAUGGGGGUUGCCCAGGGAGUGGACUAGUUUCUUUCCUUUUUUAUUGUUUUGUUUAUUUUUAUUUGGUAUUUCUAUUCCAAUCAAAACUUAGCUUUUCCUUUGGUCCAUUUCCAUUCCGCCAGUUUAAUGCCAGGUUUUUUUUGCAUGCAUGUGUACAUUUUUUGGGUUGCAGUGAUUCCAAUUAGAUGUAAACGACUCUUGAAGGGGUUUGCCCACCUAGUGUGUUCUGACUGAUUUGUAGCGAUGUUGCCCCUGGAUUGUGUGGAUUGGGAAGUGGCCUGACCUUUUUUACUUUUGAAAUAAGCAGCAUGAAAUAAAGAUUUGCUUUUAAAAGAAAAACGAACUUUCAUUGGAUAGUCUUAUUGUUUUUUUCUCUCCAAUUAACCUGUCGUGCGUAACACUGGUUUAAACUGGAAGCACCAG